CGCGGCUGGGGAAGGAGGGAGCGAGCCAGCCAGCGCAGAGCAGCAGAAGGUGGCUGGCGAGGAGCGGGCUCGGGGGCGCAGACAACUUCGCUGCGAGUUGGAGCCGGCAGCCCGCGGUGCCUGGGCUGUAACCUGACACCGGGGAGAGAGCAGCGGCGGAGCGGAGGAGGAAAGAAGACCCCGAAAGGGAGUAGGAUGGUGACCUCCUCCUCCGCCUAGCCAGACUCCGCGGCGGCGCCCGGGACUCGCGCUCCGAGCCGGGCUCGGGGCAGCCGGCCUGCCAUGGGGAGGGGGCAGUUCGCUUGAGCUCCCGCUAACUUUCCCCCCGGGCGGGCGGAGCGGGGCAGGCGGAUGGAGGAUGCGCUGACCCCGGUGGGCUGUGUGACCGGGGGGCGGCGGCGGGGACGAUGAAGAAGCAGCCGCAGCAGCACAGCAGCAGGGGCUGCCCGGAGCCCCGGCCCCAUGUGGCCCCUUCAGCUGGAGGGGGGCCCGGGCAGGGGGGUGCCUGGAGGAGGCGGCGGCCCCUCUCGUUGCUGCCUUUCCUCUCGCUCCGCGACUACGGCUUCUGCAUGGCCGCCCUACUGCUCUUCUGCCUGGGCUCUCUCUUCUACCAGCUCAACGGGGGACCCCCGCACUUUCUGCUGGACCUGAGGCACUAUCUAGGAAAUUCCACUUACUUGGAUGACCAUGGACCACCCCCACGCAAGGUACUUCCUUUCCCUAGCCAAGUGGUGUACAACAGAGUUGGAAAGUGUGGGAGUCGAACUGUGGUUUUGCUUUUGAGAAUCUUGUCAGAGAGGCAUGGGUUCAACCUGGUUACAUCAGACAUUCAUAAUAAAACCAGACUGACCAAAAAUGAACAGAUGGAAUUGAUUAAAAACAUAAGCACUGCUGAGCAGCCCUAUUUAUUCACCAGACACGUUCAUUUCCUCAACUUUUCAAGGUUUGGAGGAGAACAGCCAGUGUACAUCAAUAUUAUUAGGGAUCCUGUCAACCGAUUUUUAUCCAACUAUUUUUUCCGUCGAUUUGGAGACUGGAGAGGGGAGCAGAAUCAUAUGAUCCGCACCCCAAGUAUGAGGCAAGAAGAAAGAUAUCUAGAUAUUAAUGUAUGUGUUCUUGAAAACUACCCUGAAUGUUCCAAUCCCAGGUUAUUUUACAUCAUACCGUAUUUCUGUGGACAGCAUCCAAGAUGCAGGGAGCCUGGGGAAUGGGCCCUCGAAAGAGCAAAACUGAACGUGAAUGAAAAUUUCCUGCUUGUGGGGAUUCUGGAAGAGCUAGAGGAUGUGCUGCUUUUACUGGAAAGAUUCUUACCUCAUUAUUUCAAGGAUGUGCUCAGCAUCUACAAAAACCCAGAACAUAGGAAACUUGGCAAUCUGACUGUGACAGUGAAAAAGACCAUCCCUUCUCCAGAAGCUAUACAGAUCCUCUACCAGCGCAUGAGAUAUGAAUAUGAGUUCUACUACUAUGUCAAAGAGCAGUUUCACCUGCUAAAGCGCAAAUUCGGACUUAAGUCUCAUAGCAGUGAACCACCUCCCAAGCCAGAAUUUUUUAUUCCUUCUCCCCUGGAAACUGAAGAACCGAUAGAUGAUGAGGAGCAAGAUGAUGAAAAGUGGUUAGAAGAUAUCUAUAAAAGGUGAUGCAAGCACCGAGCUCUCCUCUGGUGACCCCUCCAGCUUUCUCAAUAUUUUUUUAUUAUUAAAAAAAAUAUUCCUUAAGGGACUGAGUUAAUGCGCAGCAGCAUUUAAAAGAAAAAAAAGUUCCCACAUGUUGGGACAAUUGAGAGACACCCGGUUUUGCGGGUUAUAUUUGUUUAAUUUUAUUAUAUUUUUCUUGACUCCAUAGGAUCCUUUAUAUGACAGAUUUUAAGAUGGAACCAUCUGUCAUUUCAUCACAAAAUAACUUUUGCACAGUAAAAUGCUGCUGUACACAUGCACCCAUUUGCAAAACAACAUAUAUUAGACAUCAUUUACCAAGUAACUUUCAUAAAAUCUCUGUCACAAGGAAGUCUUAAUACCAUGCCCGUUACUGUGGCAUUGAACAUCUGACAUCAUUUAUAAGCUAGUAGGGAUACCACUGGAGCAUAGUAACAACCUCUGAAUAGCAAGCAAAUAUAAACGGUUAUAUGAUCCAGAGCCAUUGUUACAACACGUAACUAUAUUGGACUCAAAACAGAGUAGAGAGUCUCCCCUGGGGGACUUCCAGUGAGAGGACUACAAUGCACACUUCAAGCAGAUUAUAUCAGGUGAAAUAAAACAGGUUAAAGAACCCAGUUAACUAGAAGGGUUCACAGAGUCAAAAUGAAAAAAAUUAUCAGUGAAGUUGAAUGAUUGAGAUGAAUGGGUAGAUGGAAAGCCAAAGGGACAGUAUUGUGUGGUCUUGGGAUUUUGCUUCUGCAGUUGAGAAUAUUGCUCUUAGGCUCUGGAGGAUGAGGUGUGGUGCGUAGUUUUUAUUUUAAAGAAAAAAUAUAUACUAUUGUCGUUCCUACCCUGGGACACAGACAAAUUUGGGUGGAAGUAAAGUAAACGUGAUUUUAAAAUGAGGGAUGUUUUUUGUAAUAAGAGACAUUGACAGGUAUGACUGACAGGUAUGACUGACAUCUUACAUACUGCAUAACGAUAAAAUAAAACAACAACAAAAAUAUCAAUGUAGCAUCAAAAAACCAAAAUACAUUCAAUGGUAUAUUGGUAUGAACAACACUGAAAGUUUAAGUAUUGUUAUCAGGAAACACUAAAAGGUGGAGUGAAUGGGACUGGGUGAUGAAAUGGGGACAGUUCCAUUUAAGGUAUCCCCAGGAUUUCUGGUACAGUUUUGUGACAUUUAGGGCUUGAAUUUAACUUGGACAACAUGCCCAUACGAGCCAGUAAGUAUCUAGUUUGCACUCCUAAACAGACUACUCCAAUCUUGGGUCCAUGCACAUAGAAGUAAGCAGAGCUACUUCCUGUUUGCUCCCUUCCUGGAACCAAGUGAGUGAGGGAUGGGUGGAGUCUUGGCUUUGCAUGCACACUCGCUUGUGAGUAUGGCGUGAGCAGGGGUAAACUACUAGCGCAUAGACCAAGGAAGAAGUGCAGGAGGAAUUGUGGCUCUGAGGGGUGUCUCUACAUCACAAUGCCUCCCUACAUCACUUCUGCAGUGGUACAACAUGUGCACCACACCUUGCACGGGGCUGUGCCUAUAUUCACAAUUUAAUACAUGCUAGAUUUCUUCUAGGUCAGUGGUUUUCAACCUUUUUCCAUUUGAGGAUCCCUAAAAAAUUUCAAAUGGAGUUGCAAACCCCUUUGGAAAUCUUAGACAUAGUCUGCAAACUUCCAGGGGUCUGCGGACCACAGGUUAAAAAUUACUGUUCUAGGCAAUUUUGGCUGGUCUCUUUGGUAAUUGCUUCAGGGGAGUUUCACUGUCUAUGUAUAGUCUGCAAAAUGGACCUUCAUUUGGAAGUAAAAAGCAAAAGUUAUUUUGUGAUUGAGGUAUGUGUACAGGCCCAAGCUAUGAAGUGCUUUCCAGAGGCUUCCCCUUCCAUGAGCCUGCAGGGAGCCAAAAUAUAUGGUGGACCAUCUUGAUCAUCUAAGUGGUCUUUAUUAUACUCGUCUGCAGAGAACAGAAGUAAAGAAGCAUAACUGUGUUAAGACAUGAUAAUUUGCAGAAAAUAUUACAGGGGGGAAUUUUAUUCUCACUCCUUACAUUCCAGUUGUGUGGUACCAAUGCACUACUGUGAAGGAAGGCAUUAAAGAAAGCUGCAAGUGGCAUAGAUAACAAUUAACAUAGUCACUAAAAUAUGAAUCUGCUGCAUUGUAUAUUUUAAGUGGUUUCUAUGAAAUUACAUUGAAAGAGUAAUGAUUAGUUUACACAAUGUGGAAUUGUUAUAUUUUGGAAAGAAUUAAUAUUCUCAUCUUUUUAAAACAAAUUCUGUUCGAGUCCUUUCACAAGUGUCAUAGCAGAAUAAUCAGUCACUUAACUCAUUCACCCUUCCUGCAAAUUCACUUCCGCUUACUGUAGACAUUUCAGUCUAUUUUUAUCUUAAUUUAAUGAUAUCUUCAGCCCUGAUUACUUUAUAACCUAAACAUAAAAACUGGUACGUGAUUUAUUCUCUGGGUUUUAAUGUUGUAUUUUUCCUAACAAUUGACCUGGCCUCUUCUCCCUGAAUGGUAACUUCAUGAAUGUGUUUGGCACAUAAACGUCUACAAUUCCUGACCCAACAGUCCCUUUGUCUGUCAUGAAAUGUUUUAUAUUUUACUUUAAUGUUUAAAAAGUACAUUUUAAGCUGGUUAAUCUUUGACUUAUUUAUUAUAACUUUCCAGCACAUUCCAAAUUGUAAGUUGCUCAGGAAGGAGUUGAUUUAAAUGGUUUUAUUUUG